ACACCCGCACUUCUUGCACUCACGCUUGCUCUCGUCGUUAGCAAAGUCGUCGAUGAUGCCGUUCAGCUGGGUGCCCAGGUCGGUGCAGACAAAGCUCUUCUCCCAGACGAUGCUCUUGCACUCCCUGCAGUACCAGCGCAGCGUGUCUUUGGCACCCUUGGGCCGGGGUACCUCCAGCACCACGCCCACCGUGUCCGCGAACCUGACGGGCGAGUGCGGGGUGUUGGGAGGCAGGAGAUAGAGCGAGCCCUCGUGGACGGGGAUGUCCUGGAAGGUCGGCGGGCUGGUGGAGGUGUCGACCACCUUGAUCACGAUCGAGCCCUUGUGCUGGUAGAAGAACUCCGGCGUGCUGUUGAUGUGGUAGUCGGUCCGGGUAUUGGGCCCGCCCACCACCAUGACCGUGUAUCCCUGCGUGGCCUUGGACGACGGGUGGUAGACGCAGUAGUUGCUAACCGGCGGUUUGAGAAGAUGUCCGUUCUCCUUCAGCCUGCACAUUCGGGGAGGGGGGGGGAGAGGUCAGCAAACAGGCACCAGACGCCAUCCGGCAGUCUCGGGGAGUCUUUCAGCAGACGUACCACUUGGGGAUGUUCAAUGCAGGAGGCAACAUCGUUGUAUAUCAAGUAUUCUUCUAUUCGUCUGUGCUGUGCUGUGCUGUGCUGUGACGCCGUCUAA